AUGGAUUUCAACGAUCUGGACCACCAGGACUUCUUUGACGACUUCCGCAGCCCCCGCAAUUUGCGUCAGAUCUUCGAGGAUGACGGCCGUGCCUUGGAGCAGGAAUCCUCCAGUUUGCGCUAUCAACCGGGUGGCUCCAAAAAAUCACAGAGUAUCAAAAAGCCGGGUAUUCCCAGGAUUCCCAAAUCAGAUCAGGGAGAUCCUCCUUCGCCCACCUGGAACACGGUGAUCGCCAAGGUGGUUCAUGCCUAUCAGAGCUCCCAAAAUUUAGGACGCGUCGGUUUGGCCCUCUCCAUUUUGGCCGCCGAUCAUCUGGAUCAUCCAAGCUGCAAGCUGAUUGUCUACAAGAGCAAAAACCAGGUGCUGACCACCCAUCACCAGGGAAAGGUCAUCCUGCGGGAGUCCUAUCUGCAGUUCUACGAUGCAGAGCAACGUUUCUGGAGCCUGCGAUUCGAGAAGCCAGCGGAUGAGCAGGAAUUUGUGGGCUAUAUGUUGAAAAACAAACUGCCAGUGGAACAGCAGUCUGGCGAGGAUUUGUCUAAACCGAGAGGGAAUCCACAGCCGCAGCCACGUGCAAGGAUAGCGAUGCCCAGCAGUCUGGAGAAGCUGGAGGAUCAGAAUGAGGAGGAGGAACAACGUAGCGAGGAUGUGAUAGUCACGCCACUGCCGCGACCCAUUGGUUCAUCAUCGAAUGAGGAGCAGGGAAAGACACUAAAGACUCUAGACACUGCGAUGAUGGAGCACAAAAUGGACGCCAUACUGCAGGCCAUGCAGCGCAUAGGAGGAAAGUCAGCGGUGGUAGCACCACCUCCUCCUUCUGCUCAAAAUCAAGAGGACAGCGAGGAUGAGAUGUUGGAGCUGGAGCAGAAGCUACUCAACCUCAAGCGGGAGAAUCGUGCGCUUAAGAGAAACCUAAAGGCACGCGAACAGGCGCUCGAGGAUCUGCGCUGCUCCGCCUGUUCGCUUUGCGAGGAACUCCUCAGCCAGAAUGGCGAUCUCAGGGAGCAGAAAAAACAAAGAGAUUCCCAUUUGGAAUCCAGUUGUCACAACUGCGAGCUGUCUUCCAAGCAAAUAGCCAAAAUGCAGCGACACAUUGCCGUCCUGCAGGAGGCACUGCGGAUCUUUCAGAAACCGAACGAUGCCAGCACGGUUCGGAUAUAGUAGUCAUAGGGUUUAAGUACCCCGAAAAUGUAUUAAAUUGUUUGUUCAGGAUGCCUGACAUAUCGAUAAUUACAAGCCACACACUACCAGUAUAGCCUUAAAAAUAAAAACUAUGACCAUUUAA